AUGGCCACUCCAGCGACAGCGACGGAAAAGGACCUGGCAGCUUGCACGUCGAGGGAUGGAGCAGGGCUGCUGCCCCUUGACGGCGACGAAGACGCGGAGCGCGAGGACGAGGUCCUCGCCGAGGCCAUCGCCGCGGCGGCGGCACCUGCUACCGACAACGCGGGGGAGCUUUUCUACGUCGAACUCGACCCCGAAUCGCACGUUAUGACCGGUGUUCUGCCUGAGAUGCAGCGACUGCAUGUGCGGCUGACGCAUCUAGUGCGCGUUCUGCGGCGCCGCGUCGCGCGUCUGUGUGUGCUGCGCGAGCGUGCUCGGCUGAGCGGGGAUGAUGUCAGUGAGGUGGUACCGGCGUCCCCACUUCUGCCGAGGCGUCCGUCUCCACCGACAACCGCUUCUCCCGCGCCAUCCAGUGUGUAUCGCCACAGGGACACCGUGGCCAGCAACGGUAGUGCUACACACAACGGCAGUAGCAGGAUUCACGGCGGCGUCGCUGCGGCUUCCCUGACAAACGCGGAAGGCACCACCGGCGACGUGGAUGCGAUCGGGACGAGCGCAAACGGCCAUCAGUCACCGAGGCAGACAAACCCAAUGCACGAACCAGGUGGCGUCAUGCCCUCACCGCGCAACGGCAUGAACAGCCGACUUGCAAGCGCGCGGCGCUACACGCAGCAACAGAUCCUCGACAACGACUCAGAAUGGUGCGACGCAGGAACCUUUCGCUCUUCGCGCUCCACCACGGCCCAGAGCACACCAUCCCUGCAGCCGUGCUUGCCGCCGCCGUCGCUGCAGUUCUUCGAGGAAGACGAGCUGGAUGACGACGGACGGGCUAGCCUACUGACAUGCAGCUCCAUGGCGGCUCGACGAUCGUACACGGCGCGCUUUCGGCCCGAGUCAGCGCCGCCUUCGGCGCAGACGACGCCGAACAUGCUUCCCGCCAACUCGACCCCCUACGCCCGCAGCGACAACGGGGGGAUGCUGUCGCUGCCGCCAUCGACCUCAGCGGUUGGCCGCAUGUCGCUCCAACAGCAGCAACAGCUCACGUCGUCCGCGAAGCCUUUCUCGGGGGUGCGGACCGCGUGCGACUCGGCCACGUCGCCGCUAGAAGGAUCCGCGCUGCCGCCGACCCUCACACCAGCCGCGCCUGAAUCACAGCUCUCUUUGUCGAAAGCCACGCCGCUAACCGUGGUGGAUGACACGCAGCAGCAGGAAACACGGGCAGCCCUUUCCGCUGGCGCGGCGCAGCCGCUCGCCCUCACAGACGAGGAGAAGAAGGAGCUGCGUCGACUGAGUCGGCGCGUCGCGGAGCUGUACAGCCGGCGCGGCCUCCUGCUGCAGCAGGCAGACCGACUUCUCUGCCGCCACGCUCAGCAACACGAGCGGUGGGAAGGCAACGAGGAGCGCCGCGGGUGCUACCGCUGCCGGCGACUUUUUUCGUACCUCACCCGCCGCCACCACUGCCGCCGCUGCGGUCGCCUGUGCUGCGCCGAGUGCAGCCGGUAUGUUGGCAAGAAGCAGGACACGUCCUACGUGGCGGCCCCGCAGGAUACGGGGCGCGCCUCCAUCGGUGUGGAGCACCGGGUGAUCAUCAAAUCCGAGUACACCGCCCAUAUCACCGCCGAAGACACGCAUGAGCUAGUGGAGGAACGUUUCGACGAGCACACAUACCUGCGUCGCGGCUACGGCGGCGCAGGCGACUCGCCCAACUUGCAGUCGGAGAAAGAGGCAGAGGUGCAGGACACUGUCCUGGUGCUGGACGACAAUAAUGGGCAGCUGCGCGGCCCGUCCUUGGAGCACACCGAAGACGUGGCCGACAAACUUCACGCUCGCUCGAGGCAGCACAAGUGGGUCCGCGUCUGCGCACCGUGCUACCAAAACUGCCUCCGCGCGCGGCGCAACAACGUGCUGCAGCACCUGAAGAGCGCCAACCUGUGCAUCCUCGAUGACGGCUUCUACUACUACCACGUGAUGACCACCGAGGAGCUGUGCCGGCUUUCCACCGCCCUGAACAAGCCCGACUCUUUUAAGAAGCAGGUGGAGCUGAUGUCGCAUGUUGUGGUGGAGCGCUCCGCCGACUACGUUGCGGCAGCGCCAGGGUACAGCGCCCACACUCUCACCGCAGCGGCGCAGCACACACCCGACGUCCUGCGAACGCUUGGCAGCAUCGGUGCCUACGCCUUCCGCUCCGCACGGCAGACAGCCAACGACUACGUUGGCGGCUACUUCGCUGGGAGUCGGACCAUACUGCCUGACAACCACAUGGGCACAGCGGCGGCAGCGCACUCAUUCUCAGCCGGCAACGAGGCAGGUGGCGGCGGCAGAGACGACGACAAAGAUGAGGCGUGCAGCGAGGUAUCGCUGAUGUCCGUAGAUGACGCGUGCAGUGAUAUGCAGGCCCCGCUCAAGGGCGGCACGGAAGGCAAUGCAUACGAGCACGAGGAUAGGCCGGACAAGAACACAGACGAGGAUGCUCGGACGGAGGACCCCUGUAACGACGGCCCCAUCGAUGUACAAACAUAG